AUGGCCGAUUCGCAACCAAAAAGCCCGUGGGUCGAGUACACGCAUCAGGAUGGACGCAAAUACUACUACCACCCUGUGACAAAGCAGACUGUUUGGCAGAAGCCUGAUGAGCUCAAGACGCCCAAGGAGCUGGCUCUGGAGGCAAGUCCCUGGAAAGAAUAUACAACUCCCGAAGGAAAAAAAUAUUAUCAUAAUGCAGCCACCAAAGAAACCGUCUGGACCGUGCCGGAGGAAUACAAGGCCUUGCUGGAUCAGCUGAAAGAAGAAACAAAGGCGAAGGAGACAGCAGCACCAGUACAACCGCCAGUCAAACCCCAGACACCAACCUCGUCCUCCGUGGUUUCGACGCCCUCGCCCCUGCGACAUCAGGCCAUCCCACCAGGAACGCAACCAGCCUCCUCUCAACUUCAUCACAACCCGCAGCUUCCACCACAACAACAAAUCGCACCUAUCCUAACGAGAGAUCACCCCGGAUCAGAUCCCAUGCGUAGCAAUGGUCCGCCAUUUUUAACCCCACAGAAUCCGGGAGCAAGGCCACCUUUCGCACAUCAACAGGGAGCCCGGCCACCACGCUUCCAGCAGUCGUUUGUUCCAUCCGAGGGCGGUAGUGGUCGUGGUCGUGACAGGAACAUGGAUGAGAUACCUGAAUUCUCGACUAAAGAGCAAGCUGAGGAUGCAUUCAAGAAUAUGCUGAAGGAAACUGGAGUUACCUCAACGUGGACCUGGGAGCAAACAAUGCGUGCAGUGGUCACCAACCCUAUGUAUCGGGCACUCAAAACUACAGCGGAGCGAAAGACUGCCUUCCAGGAGUACGUGGACGAUCGUCGUAUCCAGGAGAAGCUGGAGGAGAAGGCACGUCAACAAAAACAAAAACAAGACUUCUUGGAUCUGCUCAAGAGUAGCGACAAGGUCACGCAUGCGAGCCGAUACACAACGAUCUCGAGACUUUUUGCAGAGGAGCCAGCUUUUAAGUCCAUCGAGGGUGAUCAUUAUCGGCAGUCGAUUUUUGAUAGCUACGUGGGAGAAUUGAUCCGACAGGAGAGAGAGGAUGCACGGCAGAGACGAAAGUUCGGUACUGCUGCCCUCACAGCACUGUUGCAGUCCAUGGAUGAGAUCACGUUGACGACGCGUUGGUCCGAGGCGAGAGAGCUGCUGCAGGAGAAGAAGGAGUACAAAGAGUCUGAGACGAUACAAGUGUUGCACAAGAUGGAGCAGCUUACGAUUUUUGAGGACCAUAUUAAGCAAUUGGAGAAGGAUUAUGAUCAGAAGCGUGCUCGCGAACGCGUAUUACGCAAGCGAACGGAGCGAAAGCGGCGCGAGGCACACAAGGAGCUGCUGGUAGAGUUAAGGAGUAAAGGGCAGUUGAAUGCCAAAACCUGCUGGAUGCAGAUUCACCCGCAGAUCAAGGACGAUUCACGGUACCAAGACAUGCUCGGGCAGCCUGGCUCGACUCCCAUGGAACUGUUUUGGGAUAUGAUUGAGGAUCUGGAUGAGAAAUUGUACCAGGACCGCAAGAUGAUUCAGGAUCUAAUGAAGAGCAUUGACUACGAGGUUCAACCGGAGACGACAUUAGACGAAUUUUGCGCAGCAAUCACAAAGCAGGAGAAGGCCGUCCAUGUGCCGGCUGAGGAUCUUAAGCUGAUUUUUGAGCAGCUUUUGGGCAAAGCAGUUCAUCAUGCCAAGGAAGAGAAGCGACGUCAGGAAAGGUUGGCGCGCAAGAAGGCAGAGUCCUUCAGAUUUAUGCUCAAGUCCUUGAGCCCACCGGUCACUGUUGAAUCGAAAUGGGACGAUGUCAAAGCGAAAGCAGAGUUAACGCCCGAGUUCGCUUCUCUUGAAACGGACGACAAGCGGAAAGAGGUUUUCGACCGGUACAUUGAGCGACUCAAGGAGAGGAUCGCCAAGAACCACGACAGUGACGAAGAAGACGGCUCAAUUUUGGAGGACGAUGCUGAUUACUAUAGCAAGCGCUCAUCGUCAGAUCGCAAGAGGCAUGCACCGAGUAGCAGCAGUAGCUAUAGCAAACACCACAGCAGUAGUCAUCAUCACCACCACAGUAGCCACCACUCAAGCGAUGAUCAUCAUCGACGGAGCACUAGUGGACUCGACCAUUCGCCCUUGGCGCCCCCAAGGAGCUCACAGCAAAAUGGAAAGCAUACCAGAGGCGGUACUGCCAGCGCUGAUUCAGGAGCUGAGGAUGAGCACGGACAUCCAGCAAAGAAAUCGAGAACUGCAGGAGAUGGUACUCAUGCUGAGGCCAUGAAAUCUAAAGCAGAGACAGCGCCGGCUGUCGGGGAAGAAGAAGGCGAGGUCAUAGAAACGCCUGCUCAUUAA